GAAACUGAAGCAGCCGGCCAGCCAGCCACGCCCUGCCCACGUCCUGGCACCGCUGCCCGCCGAGGAGCCCAUGGACUUCCGGGAGGAGGGUCCCGAGGUGGAAACGCCCACCAUCUUCAUCAGCAUGCAGGAGGAAGAGGAGGGUUCAGGCGGAGACGGGUCCCUGUUGGACUCCAGCGUGGAGGGGCCCCUACCUGCGAAGGAAGCGAAGAGCAAGGAGGCGGGAGCCAGCAGCGCCGCUGACGAGGGAGCCGAGAGCAAGCCAGAGAGCCUCACGCCGGACGAGCCGGUGCCCGGCGGGCCCCAGCCCGUCAGCCAGCCGGAGGAGCUGCCAGAGCCCGGCGCGGAGCAGGAGCAGAAAGCAGAGAGCUGAUGGGGCGGGGCAGUGCCAGCCCCUGCAGGGCAAAGAUACUCUGGGGGGAGGGUGGGGAGGAGCAGAAACUGCACAGCUAACGGCCUGGAUCUGGGUUAAAUAAAGAAUCGC